AUGAUUAUCCCAGUGCGAUGCUUCUCCUGCGGCAAGAUUGUGGGAAACAAGUGGGAAACCUACCUCAGUCUGCUACAAGCCGACUUUUCCGAGGGAGACGCACUGGAUGAGCUGGGCUUGAAGCGAUACUGCUGCCGAAGAAUGUUGCUCACACAUGUCGACCUCAUUGAGAAACUACUCAACUACAACACGGAAUCCAGUGAAGGAAUCGAACAAAACUAA